AUGAGCAGACACGUCCUCAUCCUCGGCGGCCACGGCAAGGUCUCCCAGUACCUCACCCCGAUCCUCCUCAAAAAGUCCUGGACCGUGACGAGCGUCAUCCGCGCGCAGGAGCAGGUCCCGACCAUCGAGAAGCUCGGCGCGGGCCAGGCCGGCAAGCUGAACGUGCUGGUGCGCAGCAUCGAGGACGUCAAGAGCGAGGGCCAGGCGCAGGCCAUCUUGGACGAGGUCAAGCCCGACACCGUCAUCUGGAGUGCCGGUGCCGGUGGACGAGGCGGCGCAGAGCGCACAUUCGCCGUCGACCGCGACGCCGCAAUCCACUUCGUCAAAGCCUCCGUGGCCACCCCCUCCAUCAAGAAGUUCAUCCUCGUCUCGUACCUCGCCUCGCGCAAGACGAAGCCGACGUGGUGGUCCGACGACGAGUGGGCGGGCGCGCAGGCGGUCAACCAGAAGCUGGCCAACUACUUCCAGGCCAAGGUCGCGGCCGACGAGGUCCUCUGGGAAGAAUCAAAGAAGCGCAGUGAUAUCGCGGGUGUUAGCUUGCGGCCCGGCACGCUGACGGAGGAGCCGGCGGGCAAGGUCGAGUUUGGAAGGACCAAGGGGUCGAGGGGCACCUCGAGCAGGGAGAGCGUGGCGGAGGUGGCGGCGCUGAUUGCGGAGCAGGAGGACUUUAAGACGAGCUGGGUUGACCAUCUUGAUGGGAGCGAGGACCCGAGGGCGGCGGUGGAGAGGGUUGCGAGGGAGGGUGUGGAUGUCGCGGAGGGAGAGGCGUUCUACAAGGCUUGA